UACUAUUUAGUUUACUCAAUACUUUCUAUAUUUUUACGCUUCAUGUAUCACAAAUCAAAACAAAUAGUGUAAAUGCUGUGAUUAACAAAUAUCACGACUUAUUAGAUAUACGUAUAUAUAAUAGAGUCGCAUUGAUGAUCGAAUAUUUUUGUUUCGCAGUGCCGUGCCGCGUCGUGCAGGACGGACUCCUGUUAUUGUUUGUUGUUUUAGUUCGUGCGCAGUUAUUUUCGCUUUCAGGACAAUAUUGCUAAUUGUUUAUGCCUAUAAUGAUAUCUUCUUCUGAUCUUAUGAAGGCAGUCGGACGCAGUGGGAGGCUGGUGCCGUUCUUCAAGGCAGUUUGCGUAUACUUCGUCGUGGGCGGCGGCGCGCCCUCGCUGUCGGCGGCGGCGCUCAAGUGCGCUCCCGUGCUGUGCCUGCUGCUCUGCGUGCUGGUGCGGGCGCACACAGCGCCGCAACCACAACGGCGGUACGCGCACUACGUGGCGACGGGCCUGGCCCUGUCGGCGGUGGGCGACGCCCUGCUCGUGUGGCCGCAGCACUUCGUGGCGGGCAUGGUGGCGUUUGCGGGCGCGCACGUGGCGUACAUCCUCGCCUUCGGCUCGCAGCCGCGCGCGUACGGCGCCGCGCUGGCGCUGUUCGCGGGCGCGCUGGCCUACGUGCGCGCCGUGCCCGCGCCCGCGCCGCUGCGCGCGCUCGUGCCGGCCUACGCGCUGCUGCUCGCCGCCAUGGCGUGGCGCGGCUCGGCGCGCGCCGGCUACCAGCGCCCCGGCGCUCUCCUCUUCCUGCUGUCCGACGCCAUCCUCGGCUACGGCCUCUUCGCCGAGCCGGUGCCUUACAAUCAGGCGCUGGUGAUGUCGACGUACUACCUGGGCCAGCUGGGCAUCGCGCUGAGCGCCCUGGAGCCGGCCCGCGCGGUGGCCGCGUCGCAGUAGCGUCGGGCUAAAGAUGACUUCUGAGUUCUGACGAAUGUUUAAUUGGAUAAAAAAAAAUACAUUUUUAGAGUACAGAACGUACAGUAUUAUUGUAUUUAUAUAAAAGGAGCACAGGUCACGAUCGCGGUGAAUGCGUCUGUGAUAUGUUUUAUAAGUAUUCACCUUCGACUCGGUCGACCCUCGAAGCUCGAAGCGGUCGCAAACGCGCAGUGCCAAAUGAUCGAGCCUACCACUAGGGUUACCUAUCUCGGCACUCGUUACCACUACACUCGGCCCCGAGUGCGCUCCCUUCGAACGCUACCCUAGUCCGGACAAUCGUCCGCUCCUCUUACAUAUCCGGUUCCGCAAGUCUUCCCACUGUGACCGCGUGUGUCGUCGUUACCUACACGUAGCGUUAGCGAUAAGACUGAUCCCUUAUAUUUUUGUAUAGACUAUCUUUACUGCUGGACGAGUGAAUCCAGUGCGAGCACACUGUUUGUUUAUUCGAGUAGUGUCCGCCGAAAGUGGAUCGUUUUCUAAUAAGUAGCAACCUACCUUUUAUUUGUGUUCUUCUUCCAAAGUAAAUAGUCGCAUUUGGAUUAUGUUUAGUGACUUAAAAUAUUGUGUGAUGAGGUCAACGUGCAAAGCAUUUAUAUCUAUUAUUAUUGUUAAAUUUCGAUUGAACUGACGUCGUUAGAAAUUGAUUCAGUCCGAUGCUGGAGUGCCAUUUAAUUUCGAUGGCUACCAACAUUUUAAAUAUUUAUGUAUAUCACUAGCACGCGACGCGAAUAAAGUGACAAUAUUUAUUUUUACUCAAACUGACUUUAACUCAGAUGCUGAAUAUAAAUGAUUUUCACGUCUGAACACGGCCGCCAGCUUAUGUCGUCCAGAGUCCAUCACACACUCGCAAGCUCUACGUACGCCGCCGCCGUUCACUUUAUGUUGCGCAGGGUAUGGGUAAUAUUUGCGCACUUCAGGUUUAAUCUCAAAGUUCCUCCGUAAUUUACUUGAUGUACACAGGGCGGGGCAAAACAGAUGAUAUGCCUGAAUUGAAAUACAAAUUACAAAAUACAUAAUAAGAAAAUGUGAAUGAGUUAUGUUUUUUUUAUGCAUUCACAAUGCUAUGUUUAGUAUUUGCAAAUUCGUAUAAUUUCAUCCCGUCGGUCGCAGAUCCUGCUCGUGUAUAUGUGAGAGGGUGUCGAAUACUUUUAGGAAUUUUCAAAACCAGAGUUCCCUUUCAUAAAAACUAGAUGUUUGAAUGUAUUGUCCGACAAACAUCCUCUUGCUGGAGAGUGAAUAAAACCGGCUAAGGAAAAUAAUCUUUCUACGGGUCCUGAAGAGCACAAACUUGUGUUGAAUUGUAUAAAUACAUUUUUUAUAUUUGGAUAGCGCUCAAGAAUUGGAAGCUCUUUGCUUUUAUCGUUAAGGAAGCUGACCAACUCUAACUCCAUUUUAAAUGUCUGUGGUUGAUCACUGUCUCUGCUGUCAAAAACA